AUCUAGUAGAUCGAUAGCCAUGCCAGCGUUCCGUGAUCAGCUGAUAGGGCUCGAUCUUGCUUGUUAGCUGCUUGCAGCGGUAGAUUUCGUCCCUUUGAUUUUAUCAUGGAGCCUACUCGUACUCGUCCGGUUCUGAGGCGAUAUCCGCGUGGUGCUACUCCUACAGAGCCCGAAUCCUUUUAAUGUCUAGUCUUUCGCGUCUCUGCUGCUAAUUCCUUUGUCCUUCGACCCCGUCAAGCUUAUGUGCUUUUUUCAGAUUCACUGUUGAUUUAGCUGCUUUAAACGAUCACCGUCCGAUUGGAAACAAUCCGUCUCCUCUCUUUCCUUACCAGAAAUUUCUCCAUCGCCAGCGCCUUCAGUUAGAUGCUAUCGCCGAUCGAGAUUCUAGGUGUUUCUACUGGCCCUAGCCUGUCGUUCUUAGACUUCCUAGCGGUUCCGCCGUCCCUAGUCAAUCCUAGCCGUCCCCAGUCGAUCUCAGCCGUUCCUAGUGGAUUCCAGCCGUAGAUCCAGACAGACUUCUAGCCAUGGGAUCUGCGUACAACCCUUCCCACUAUUACUCACAGCAGCAGCAGCAGCAGCAGCAGCAGCAACAGCAGCCGCAGCAGCCCUCAGGUGGACCUCAGGCCAGCACGCGGCAGUUCCUUAACGGCAUCUUGGAGCAGCGAGGUCCGGGGCUUUGCCUUAUAACGAGGGCGACAAGUGGCUCAUUCGCGAGCAGCUCGCGUUCACUAUUCAGACCUUCUCGGGCCUGCAGGUCCGUCCCGCCACGUUUACGCACAACGACGGGCGGCAGGUGCAGCUGCUACAGCUGGAGGGCACCAUACCCAUGUGGUACAAGGAGAUAAAGUACAACAUCCCCGUCACCAUGUGGCUGCUAGAGCAGUUUCCGCGCGCCGCUCCCCUCGUUUAUGUCACGCCACGCGGGAUAUGAUCAUCCGGCCUAAUCACUCGCACGUGAACGCCUCGGGGCUGGUCGACGUGCCGUUUCUCUCGCGAGUGGGUGUACCAGCGCUCGACCUUAGUCGAUCUGCUACAGGUCCUGUCGGUUAUGUUUGGCCAAGAACCGCCGCUCUACUCCCGCUCGCCCGCGCAAUCCGCCGCCGCGGCGCAAGCGCGGCCACCAGGUGCGCGAGCCGGCGGCGCUGGCGGAGCAGGGGGGGGAGGCGCGGGGAAGUCCGCGCACAGCAGCAGCAGCAGCAACAGCACCCCCAACACCAGCAGCAGCAGCAGCAGAUGUCGCCUCCUCCGCAGGCAUUCUCUGGCGGUGUUGCACCCCCGCCCUUAUCCCGUCCUCGGCGUUCCAGGGCACAAACCCCAUGCACAUGCACGGCCCACCUUCGUCGGGUUCAGACAGGGGCCGUAUUGCGGCGACAGGAUCAGGCGGCAGAGAGAGAGCAAUCAGCAGCAGCGGCAGUGGUGGUGGUGGGGGAGGGGGAGGGGAGUGGUGGCAGGAGAGGUGGCUAUGUACGGGCAGCAGCAGCAACAGUACGGGCAUUUUAAAGGCGCUUUGCCUCGACCGGGUGCAGGCCCUGUCACGGGUGCAGCUGGAGCGGCAGGAGCGGCAGGUGGAGCGUCGACAGCAGGGGGCGCAGGGGCCGCGGAGGUGUAGCAGGAAGAAGCGCGUCGGCCAGGGAACAGGAGCAGCAGGGGCAGCGGCAGCAGGAGCGAGAGGGGAGACCGGGCAGGCCAAGGGCGAGGAGGCGAAGGUUGUGUUUAAGAAGGCGGCGAUAGCGUCGCUGUCGCUGCAGCUGAACGCGGACGUGGGCGAGAGCUGGCAGGCGGCAAACCGGGUGAUGGAGGAGCAGCUGGGGCUGCAGCAGAUGCUGGCCGCGCGCAAGGAGCAGGCCAGCGCCGUGGUCAGGGAGCUCGCAAGGGAAAAACAGGCGCUGGAAGAGGCGCUGCAGGUCCAGCAAACCAAUGCCGACGUGAUCGAGUCAUGGCUAGCCCAAAACGCCGCACCUCCUGCCACCACCACCUCCACAACCACCACCACAAGAUUAACCGCCAUCACCAUUAGCAGCAGCACAACCACCUCCUCCUCUCCCCCACUCCCCGACAUCGAUUCAGCAUUCCAGCCGUGUGACGCUCUCUCUGCACAGCUCCUAAAGCACACAGCAGCAGACCUCGCCAUAGAAGACGUUCUCUACUCCCUAGACCGCGCUCUCCAAGAGGAGCGGGGUCACGAUGAGUACGAUCCCUCCUCUGCCAACUCCCGCCGCCGAAUCCUGACCGUCGAUGCGUAUCUACGGCACGUGAGGACCUGGCAAAGGAGCAGUUUUUCCAGCGGGCGACGGCGUUGAAAGUGCAGGCGGUGCAGCGCAGUGCGAGGGUGAGUCAGAUGGCGGAGCGACCUGUGUCGGGCCAUGCGCUUUCUUCCGCUGCUGCUGCGGCUUCUUCUGCUGCUGCGGCUGUUGGGCUGGGGGGUGGGGGUGGUGGCAGCAGGGGGCUGUGAGAGGGAGGAGGGAAGGUGGCUGGGGCGGGGUGUGUUGUGCGGCUCGUGUUUCUGCUGCUGGUGCGUUGGUGGUGCUGUGGUGGUGCUGUUUGUGUUGCUGCUCUUGCUACAACACUGGUUAGAAGUGUGAAGUGAAGUGGAGUAUGGUAGAAGCACCAAAUCAUGGUAUGGGUGGUAGGGAUAGGUUGUUUGGUUGUCUGGUUACUACAUAACUUGUUAGUAUGUUGCAUGGUGGGAGAUUGGGUUCUGGUUAUGGGCCAGGUUGUUAGAUUGUCUUUUCAUUGUCGCAUUACAUGGGAUGUUGUUCAGGCUAGUCACUACCAUAAUGCUCCAUCAAAUAAUAACAGUGUCAGAACAGAAGUAUAUUU